CAGCUUCCAACGAUAGCAGGGAACAUCAUGGUUCUCGCCAAUCGAUGGUAGAGCUAGUCACCAUCGGCUAUCAACAGCGGCGCAGUGAGAGGAGGAGAGGGGGCAGAGGGAGAUGCGCGGAUGCAGCUGGUUUGGGCUGUCCGAGUCGCCGUAGUGAGAGCGUACGGCCAUUCCGUCUCCCCCGCCUCCCCCAGCAGUGUCUCCUCUCCUCCCCCCUGCACAAAGCAUCCUGUGUCUGCUCCCCCCCGCCCCAAUGUCCGGUGCCCUCCUGCCUCACAGCUGACCCCGCUCCCAGCGCCCGGAUAUCCCUAUGUCCAAAUCCGAUGUUUUAUCAAUGAUGGAAAAUGCAGAGGAGCCGUUUGGUCAGGAAAACAACCAGGCCAGGGCAAGUCGAGUGGAAAUUUCUGAAUGUUGGACCGGUGGAGCGGAGGAGCCCAGAUCAUUUGCUCCCCUGGUUGGAAAACUGCCUGAAGAUCAACCUGCUCCACAAAACUCCCAAAGUACUCUUCUCGCCCGCGAAGGUGAUGACCACGAGCAACGUUGGAGAGAGAAACCAGUUCAUCAACUGAUGCCGACUGAGCCAGUGUGUCAGCCAGGCAGUGCCACCGUGGAGUAUAGCUAUCCCCCCGGACGAAGUUCAUCGACAGCGCUGCCUCUCUUAGAGAAAGGGAGAGGCAGGGAAGAGGACAUUGCGGAGCAGGCGGCAGUAGGCGCAAAGGUUACUGGACCAGCGGAGGACACCAGUGCACAGCCAGUGCUACAUGGAAUUACUCCAAUGCCAAUCCAUUUUGGUAAACUUGAAAAAGAUGAUGUUGUGAUUUGUAGGCCCCAUGGGUGGUCUAAUGUAGGUCAGCAAUCUAAGACCGUAGAGACUAACAGGAGAAAAGACACUGGCUCUCAUGAACAGCCGAACCAGAGGUUCUGGGGUUUAUUUCAGUGCUCGUUUUGCAGUUUUGUUUUUCAAGAUCUCUCUGAACUUUUGCAGCACCAAGAGACCCACAACCAGGAGAAGUUCCAGGGUAUCGGGAACGAGCAGGCACGUCCAGAACAGCAGCAGCCUGUGCUGGAGUGGAGAAGAUACCGAUGUAUCGUGUGUGAUAAGACUUUCUGCAAACAGUCUUCGCUGGUCACGCACCUGCGUAUACAUACCGGUGAAAAGCCGUUUUCCUGCCACGUAUGUAGGAGAAAGUUCAACCAGCGCACAAGUCUCACAGUCCACCUACGCACUCACACUGGGGAAGCACCGUUCCCCUGCAACAAGUGCAACAGGAGUUUCCGGCAACAGUCCAAUCUUACCCACCACAUGAAGAGUCACCAAAGAGCCGAGGAACUUGAUGGGGUAGACUGGAGUGAAGAGAACACAGCCCCCGGCAUUCCUUUCAUGUAUCUCAUAUCGGAAGGGGAGGAAUCCAGCAAUGAAGUUUGGGGCAGCAAAGUUCCAUUUGUGAAAGGUGAUAAGGGAGAAGACCCUGCAUCAUGUAAAAGGCCCUAUGUCUGCGGGCACUGUUUCAAGCGAUUUACGCACCAGUCCAACCUAAUGGUCCAUCAGCGCAUUCACACCGGGGACCGAUCCUACCGUUGCCAGGAAUGUGGCAAGCAUUUCAGCAGGAGGACCAGCCUGAUGGUCCACCUGCGGGGGCAUACCGGAGAAAUGCCCUAUUCUUGUAUGCAGUGUGGGAAGAGCUUUCGUCAACAGUCAAAUCUGCUCUACCACAUGAAAAGCCAUGUGGCGCCAACUGAGCCAAAAGUGGACGUGGCCACUGAUAAUGAACAGACUGCGAAGCUACCUGGGCAACUCAUUGGCCCAUCUGGCCAGUAUUUAGAACGAGAUAAUCCACAGUUGGUGAACAUUGGUGGGGGUGGGAGAAUUGACGAAAACCAGGUCCGGGCCUACCAAUGUACCCAGUGCUCCAAAUGGUUUCCUAGUUCCCAUAGCCUCCUUCUGCACCAAAAGCUCCACGUGGAGCAGUCAAGUGGUAUCCUGCAUUGCAGAGAAAUUCAGGUCCCGUACCCCAUCAAUAGGGGUCUCCCGCAUACGUACACUGAAAACAUGUUAUCUCCACGACAAGAACAUGAAAGCUAUCCACAGCAACAUUUCAAGCUACCGGCCAGAGCUGAAGGCAGCAAUGUGUCGGGAAUGCUGAGCAACCUAGAAUCAAACCUCAACCCUCAGCCAGGACACAGCGCUGCCUAUCAGAGAGUUGGCAUCCACAAUGCCGACGGAGGACAUGUCAAAGGUCCUUUUCAUGUUCUGGGAAGGGGCAGGCCAAGGAAAAUCUCUUGGCUAGGGCAAGGACAAGGUACUUCCUUGGGAGGUAAAGCGAUACAUAAAUGUUGGAAGUGCCCCCGGCAUUUUAACAACAAGUCCAACUUAAUUGUCCACUUGCGUAUUCACACAGGGGAAAAGCCAUUCCAGUGUUGGGUGUGCGAGAAGAGAUUUAGGCAGCAGUCGAAUCUGAUCCAGCACCUCAAGAAUCAUGAGGACGUUCUUGGGGAGGAAGAUGUGGCUCACCCGCAGAAGGACGCCAGCAAGGAACAGCAAAAUGGGAAGAGUCUUCAGGAUGUUGGAAUGAUUCAGUCGCCAAGCACUGCCCAGGCCCGGCUGGGGUUCCUUCCGUUUGAUGGAAACCAGAUGCAUCAAAACGGUCAGCUCUUCCACGGGCCUCAGACUAUACAUCUAGGUGACCUGGCCUCCAGUACUGAGAGCCUUACUGAUAACUUAGAGGUGAAUGGCUCUCGGACAUCAGCUGAGAGGACAUACAAGUGCAGCAGCUGCUUUAAGACAUUUAAUCACAAGUCUAACCUCUUGGUUCACGAGCGCAUCCACUCAGGAGAUAAGACCUAUCGCUGCCUGGAGUGUGGAAAGCAGUUUAGCCAGCGCACCAGCCUAAUGGUGCACUUAAGGACUCAUACGGGUGAGAUGCCAUACUCUUGCCUGCAGUGCAGAAGGCGCUUCCGACAGCAGUCUAACCUACUUUACCACAUAAAGACAAAUACGGUGCAAGGGCAGCUGAAUUGUACAGCAGAGAACUUGCCGAAUGCCCCAUUAAUUCCCAGGCUAGAGCCAGUGGCAGAAGCCAGCAUGGGCUCCAACGUGGAGGCUGCCUCUGAGCAGGCACAUCCUUGGGGUCACCUGGAAGGGAAUCCUAAGAACGAAACUGAAUCUCUUCCACCACAUGAGGGCGCCAAAGGCGAGUUCCUCUGCACGGCCUGCGAUAAAAUAUUCACUCAUCAAUCAAACCUGUUAGUUCACCAACGGAUACAUUCUGGCGAGCGGACAUACCAUUGCCACGAGUGCAACCGUCAGUUCAGCCAACGUACCAGCCUGAUGAUCCACUUGCGCACUCACACCGGGGAGAUGCCCUACUCUUGCCAGUGCUGUGGCAAAAGGUUUCGCCAACAGUCAAACCUCUUGUAUCAUUUGAAGAGCCACGUAGGGCAGGGGAUUAGCAUGGAUGCCAGCCAGAGCGCAGAGUAUGCAGCUCCCAGAGCUAGAGGUCGUCCUCGGAAAACUGAAUCGAACGACACAGUAAGGGAAAAAAGAAUAAUCCCUAGAGGCAAGCGUACUUACAAGUGUACGGAAUGCCCAAGGCGCUAUAACCUCAUGUCUAAUCUGGUCGCUCACCAAAAGUCGCACGACCUGCAGCCCCUGUACAGUUGCCUAGAGUGCGGAGACAGCUUCCUUCAUCAAGGUUACCUUGCGGUCCACAAGAAGCAGCACACUAAAGUGACCCCACCCCACCACGGAAUCCAGUUCUGCUGGAGACCAAACCAAGAGUUAAUGGACCCCAGAAAUUCGGGUACUGAAGAGGAGAGGAGUACUGUAUACACACAGCAUGAAAAAUAACCACAAUUAAUAAAUAUUCACAAUAAACUGAAACUUUGCAUAAGACCUAGCUAAAUGGAAAAAGCAGAUCAAGACUUUGAUCUUGGCAAAAGGCCAUUUGGGACUUAAUCUUAUAUGCUUUUCAGGUAGUAACUGAAUCCCUUCAAUGAGAUUGACAAUAUCUAACCAUUCCAUAGAUAGAUUACAGUGAUGGUAAACUGGAUUCCAGCCGAAAAUCACAUGUACUAUUUAGUGUAAGGAAUUCUGAUAAGAUGUUAUAUGUAACUGGCCACCAGUUUCAGAAGCCGCCUGUUCAAGCACGGUCCCCAGGGCUCUGCCAGUGACUGUCCUAGAGUUUCGCCAUAGUCCCCAUGAGAUAAGUGGUUCUGGCAAGGGGUUUGAAGUUGGGAAUACUGGGGAUUAAUACCAAAACUGUAUGAUUCCAAGACAUGGGAAGCACUUCUGCCAUGAUUCCAAAUGUUUUUUUUUAGCCUAGGUAACCACUGAAAUAGGUAGCCACGUGUUUUAGACUAUCUAAAACUGCUCUUUGCCUACUCAUGUUGGCUGCGGCAAUUUUUGGACUGGACAAAUAUUCACGAAAAAAGAGCUUCCCAAACCGCUAGAAACUAGUGACCUCACUGAGGUGGUGAGUAUUGGUUCAGCCCACAAAAAUGGCUGCCUCCAAUGUGGCUAGAGGGCAGAUACACUUUUAAGCCGUGGCCCCCGUUGAGGCAAAUUUUAUAUUUAAUCUAUUGACCGAAAAUGACCCUCUUAAAUGGUAUUUAUUUUUGUAACUUUUUCCCCCCUCCUUUUUAAUGGUUCAUAUUUAGUUAUAAAUAUCCUUUAUUUAUUCAUGGUGGUCGCAUAUAACGUUUGACUGACUGUUUUAGCGUUUUUAGUAGGGAUAAAUUGGCAGCUAAUUCAAUAACACUGCAAGUUCCCGUUACAACUCGUGUAUUAAAGGGAAGUAUAACCCUAACCUUAAUCUUCCAUUACUGACCGUAAAAUGGACAUUAUAUAAAUACGUGUAUGAUUUGUAUGUAGCGACCAAGCCUUUUCCGCAUAUAUAUGCAUUUAUAUAUGGUUUAGUUUGUAUGUUGCUUACUGCCGCGAUUGACAGCCUGAAGAUCUAACAUAACUAUAAACAAACAUAUAGUUUUUUAUAGAAUGACUUGGUAUUAAUAAGUUCUUAGGUAGCCUUUGUCGCUGGCAGAACUCAUCAUCUUUUUUAUUAUCACUAGUUUUUCCUUACGUUGUUCACUUAAAAAAAAAAAAAAAUGUUUCUGGUGAAAAUAGAAUUUCUGCUGUACAUGUAUGGCCCAAGUGUAAUCUUUCUAUGCAUGAAGGACAUUGAUGCCCACCAGUCGUCUAGUGGACUAGUGUCUCGGCCCACAGAAGGGCCGAUUCCGCUUUUGAAAGUGGUUGUCAUUAGGAUUAGUGCACAUUUGUACCAACUCCAAUACCUGGAGCCCAAGAGAUCCGUCCAAAAUCAAAUGAAUCUCUGCAUUUGCUCAACUAUAUACAGCCUGCCAUUCCGCCGCAAUACUUGGCCUGCUUGCGUAUGCCCAGUUUAUACCUCUGUGGUAAUGCUGCUAUCUUGCACAAGCUCUAAUACGGAGCAUGCACGGUGGCAAAUACCGCAAGACGGACUUGUGUGCCUCUCUCAGCAACAGUUUAUAUAAGAAUACUUGGGUAAGGGUGCAUUCUGACUGAUCUGUAUUGCAGUCUCCAUAUGGAUUUGCUUUUUCUUCAGUUUUUGUUGCAUUUACAGGGACUUAGUGUUACGUUAGUGGCAUGCAGGAUGUUCUCCUGUUCAGCCUGUGGUCCGCAUCCCUCAGCGAGCUAAAGUGCUUACUUGGGGUAAUAUUGCAAUCCAGGGCUACCCAAAUUAAGAUGGACAUGUCUUGAUCGUGGAUAUAGUCUUGCUUCAUCCGUAUGUGACUUCAGACAAACCAUACACAGACAUCUGUAGAAGACCUCGGUUACAUACGUGCUUCCCAUGUCAACAGCAUGAAAAUAAUUGACGUUGUGGCCAGUGGCACAGGGGCCUUCUGGUCAGCGGGAGCGGACGUUUGUCCUGCAGCCCAUAUUCAGCCUGGCGGUUCACUGGGAACUAGCAAUGGCACUGUACCUCAUUCCUCAGUGAUGGCGUUGGUUCCUAGUGUAUUCAUAAGAUGCCGUUUGUACAACCCUCCCCCAUUAUUGGCUGCUGUCAGAUGGGUACACUUUUAUACCCCACACAGAAGGAGAGAAAGCGUAUACUCCGCAGUGUAGAAUAAAGGAGCGUUACAGAAGCAAACUAUAUAGACCCAUUACUCUUACAUACUUUUCUAAUAAGCAAUGUAUAUAUGAUUUUAUCUAUCCUCUUUGCUUUGUAAUGGCAGAAAAAUACCUAAACUAAUUAUCUGGGCAGAAGCACCCUGCUUUCCCAAAGGCAAGAAGUACCCUUACGCCUGACAGAUUUUUAUUUAUUUUCCUUAAGAUGCAGGUCACGCCCACCAGUGUCACGUGACUUAUUGUGAAUUGGUCCUAGACCGUGUCAUUAAAGCCCUAACCCACCUUGAUACGGCAAAUAUCUCACCUAGUUUUAUUUCUGCAUUGCAAAAAGCACAUGGGCGUUCAGGCUUUUCAUGGCACCAUAUUUCCUCUGCCUGCAGAAUUAGAACCCAUUGUGAGCGUACUGGGUGUAUAGGAUUGAUGAGGAUACCCCGUACCUGGGAUAGCGGACUCGUCAAUCUAGCUAUCUAAGAGCCCAUACACAUGGGGAAUCAUUUGUAGUUUUUACGCAUGGUCCAGAUGCUUUGCACUUUGGGAUCCGGAGCAUGCCCUUCUUCCAGCCAUUCCGCUCACGUUUACCUUUCCAAGAGCUCUGUGAAAACACCCUACAAACAAAGGACAACACUUUGCCAUAUGCUUGAUCCCUUGCAUUUAAUGUGCGUUUACGGAGUGAACGAACUGCGAAAUGCAUGGGAGCAUUUCAAGCAGAAUUUACACCUGUUUUUCACACAUUUAAAGCCUCUUGGCAUAUGGUCUGCUGUGGCCUUGGUUUAGAGGCACAUUGACACUUGUGCGCAUGUACUCUAGAACUCUUAAAGGGGAUAACCACUUUUGGACAACACCCCUCCCCUUAUUUUUUUUUUUUUUAAAUCAACCUGUGCUUCUUCACAGUAGGAGUGAUGACCCUCUGCCAGGACCCCCCUCCCAUUACCUGAAGAUGUAAGCUGUACUACUUGCAGCACACAGUGACUUCAUUCAUGUAGUUCUUGGUAGAGCUGGAGAAGGGAACCCUUCUGUUCAGCUCUACGGAAAGGAACUUGCAGCUCGUUCUGCUGAUUCCCCAGAGGUGGUGACGCUGCCAUCCCAGCUUCUUCCGUUACAAUGCCUUUCUGUGAAAGCAUGCCUUCUACUUUUACCAUCAGCCACAUGACGUUUAUAUCUGAAUGCUAAUUGUGUAGAUACCGUAAUUGCUCUAAUGAUAUUAACAGAAUGUAGAUGGAUUCAUGAAGAUCUAGGGCCACAAUCUCUUGAUUUUUCUCAAAUAAAACAAUUAGAGCAUUUACAUGUA